AUGAACCCCGCCGUCCCGACCGACCUUCACCAGCCCACAAUCGACGUCCUGGUCCCCGUCCUCCAGAUCCUCGACGGCUUCAACCACCGCAACAAGAACCAACACCGUGUCGCCCGCUGGUGGUCCCAGUUCGACCUCCUCCGCCGCUCCGUCAGGCGUCUUCACGACGCCCUCGAGACCCGCGUCCGCCACCACCACACCCAGAGCUUCAGGGCGCCCUCGAAGAGAUCGGCCGGCAAGGUCAACGCCGGCCCCGGCACCGGCAGUGGGGACCGUCGGGGCGAAGCGUUGGGCGAGAACAUUGCCAACGGGGCGCGGCUAUUGCUCGACACAACUAUCCCAUCGUCAUUCUUAGCCUUCAGUCAGUUGGCGGCAGAUAGCCAGCAUGCCGCCCUAGGCCUGGUUUUACUGGGUGUUCUGGCCCGUAUAAACUCGGCUAUUGCUCCCUUGGUCCCUCGACAGCCCAAGGGAGGUGAUGCAAUGCAGCCCAUGGCCAACUCAUCACCAAGCCAUCGUGAUGCGGUCACGGCCAAGGAAGGCCAGACGAAUCCAGAGUCAAUGGAUCUCGGCGUGGUCAUAUCCCGAGACCAGAUGGAGCUGACCGCCAAACCCCCAGGUCGCCGUCCAACAACGAAAGAGGACGCCAAGGCUGUCGCUGCAGCGCCCAUUGCGAGCAAAAAGAAACGCAAGCUGGUUGGUGCUCCCAUCACCGAGCCAGAACCCAGCAGAGGGGUCAAGGAAACAAGGUCGGAGAAGAGGCCUAGCAAGAAGAAGUCAAAAAGGGGCGAUGAAUUUUCAGAUUUGUUUAGUUCGCUCAUAUAG